AUGAAAGUUUUUUUAGACGUGGCGGCGGACCAAACGCCGCUGGGUCGAAUCACCGUCGUCCUCAGAGACGACGUCUGUCCGAAGACGUGCGAGAAUUUCCGACGGCUGUGCGUCGAUCAUCAUCUUCGAGGAGGAGGUGAAACGACGACGAAUAACAACAAUAACUACAACGCAGACUUCAAAGGUGGGUUUAAGAACUCCACGUUUCACCGAAUAAUACCGAAUUUCAUGUGCCAAGGCGGCGAUUUUACCAACAACGACGGAACCGGUGGGAAAUCGAUUUACGGGAAGACGUUUCCGGACGAAAACUUCAUCUUGAAGCAUUCCGGACCGGGCGUCGUCUCCAUGGCGAACUCGGGGCCGAACACGAACGGGAGCCAAUUUUUUCUCUGCACUUCGAAAACGCAAUGGUUGGACGGGAAACACGUGGUUUUUGGACAAGUGACGAAGUCUGGGAUGGAAGUGGUGAGGAAGAUGGAAACGUUCGGCUCGAAAUCGGGAAAGACGUCGAAAGUCAUACGCGUGAUGGAAUGCGGCGAAAUCGACGAACAGUUGGAGAAGGACGAAGAUAUGGGAGACGACGACGCGGUGAAGACGAAGAAGCGGGUGGAUUUAGCCGAGGCGAAGAAGAUGGAAGAUCAGUUUCGGGAGGAGAGGGAGAACGACGAGAGAGCCAAGGCGGCGCGAAGGAUGAUGAGCGAGAUGAAGAACGAAGAGAAUACGAAUCGGGAGAACCACGACGACGGUUUUGAUCAACUCGAAGUGACGUUGAGCGCGGCGCCGGAUUUAGAUAAAAUGACCGCGAAGCAAAGGAAAUUGUACGAGUUACGGCAACGGAUGAACCUCGGGAGGACGUUGAAUCACAGCGCGGUUUUAGACGAGAAGAAACGAGAGGAUAAUCCAGACGAGUACGCCGAGCAAGCGAGACGGAAACAAAUAGAACAAGUGAAGCAUAGACGCGAAGAGGAAGCGAAAUUAAAAGGCGUGGACCCGGGGAAGUAUCUGUUGACGCAGACCGCGGAACAAGUCGAACGGAUAAAGAAGAAGCCGAAAUUUGAGGACAAAAAUCCGCACAAUCGAUUCGCUCAAGAAAAACAAGCCAUUCGGUACGAACGAAACGUGAACGACAUUAAAGUAUCCGAGGAAGAGUACGAAAAAAAGAAACUUCAAUCGGCUGAGUUUUAUCGAGACGCGGAUUCGUUGUUAUACGGUACCGAUAAGGCGAGCAAAGAAGGCAUCGAAAAGUUGCAAAAGUUUAUGAAGGAAAGAGACGAGAAGAGAAGGAAACGGGUCGUGGCGGAGAAGAUUAAAGAUUCCAAAGGGGAUGGGAUUAACGAUGGGAACUCCAAGUUUAACGCGAAAUUGGAUCGACACUACGGGAAGUACACGAAGGAGAUUAAAGCGAAUCUUGAAAGAGGGACGGCAUUGCCGGACCAUUAA